AUUUGUAGGCAUUGCCCUUAACUGCUUAACUGAUGACAGGACAGUUACAUUUUUUCCCCUCUCGGUAACUGCUAUUGGAUUGUGUGGAAGUGUAAACUGAUCCCAGAACGGGUUUAAAAGAGGCAACCAAUUUGAGCCGACUAUCACAUGCACAGCACAGCACUUUUGGCCGCCGGCAAAAACAUAUGAUUCUUAGGAACGUGAUCAGAAACCACAUGACCCAUCUACUGAACGUUAAGGGAAAUCAAAUAUUUAUCUGGUGACAUGGAUCAAGUGUACCUCAAACUUUAAUUCCACUUUCUUCCCUAGUAGCCUACUUGUGUUCACGGACUAAUUUCUUGGUUUCUUAGGGUAGUUAGAGCGACAGAGAGAGAAAACCGGAACUAGGAAGCAAAUUAUCGGAAUUAUUUAUGAACGUUGUUGAGGCUUGUCCAAAUAACCAGGCAACCAUGGUAACACCAGUGCAACUUUUUAUCACAUUUGUGCUUCUCGUGGUGAGUUUGGCAAACGAUGUUAAACUAAAACACAAACCAGCCUCAAAACCUGUCCGGCUGUUCACAGACGAAGAUUUAAAAACGCACGACGGGAGUGAGGAGGGGCAUCCCAUUUACAUGGCCAUAAAAGGAGUGGUGUUUGAUGUUACCAAGGGAAAAGAGUUCUAUGGGAAAGAUGGACCAUAUAAUGCCUUGGUUGGAAAGGACUGCACAAGGGCUGUGGCCAAAAUGUCCCUUGAUCCAGCUGAUCUGACUUCUGACACUACGGGCCUUACUGAAGAGCAGCUCCAAUCCCUUGAGAGUGUAUUUGAGGGCACGUACAAGACAAAGUACCCUAUUGUAGGCUACACCGCCACACGCAUCCUCAACCAGGAUGGUAGCCCCAACGAGGACUUCAAGCCUGAAGACCAACCUCAUUUUAACAUCAGAGACGAGUUCUAAUCCAAAGGAGUUUUUGGCAUUUUUUGUUGUUGUUGUUUGCUCUGAUAUAUUUUUGGUACGCCCCCUAAAAACUGUGGAAACCAUGAAGAUUCAAUACAGUGUGAUCCUCAAUUUGCUCAUGAUUGAAAACUGAUUAUUUAUGAAUUCUCAGUCAGAUCAAAAUUGAUAGGACUGCAUGUCUUGAUGUUCUUUGAUGAAGCCCAUAAAGGUGGCCUUACCAAGGGACAGGAUGUGUUUCAGCUCUAUUUAUGGCCUUACCAAGGGACAGGAUGUGUUUCAGCUCUAUUUAUGGCCUUACCAAGGGACAGGAUGUGUUUCAGCUCUAUUUAUGGCCUUACCAAGGGAUAGGAUGUGUUUCAGCUCUAUUUUCUUUACCUUAUUUUAGAGACCAUAUUUAUAUCUUUAAAAGAUAUGUACUUUAAGAUAUCAUUUUUAUGUUGACGUCAAUGAAAACAUGGAAUGUUUGUUACUAUGUUGUUAGUCAAACACACUUUGUAAAAUGUAUUGACAGUCUAAGAACUGAAUGUUUUCCAUUGGUCAUUUAAAUCAUUGUAAUUGGUUAAAUGAGUGAUGAAGCUGCACAGGCCCUAUACCAUUAAUUUAAUGUUAAAGUAGUUUAAAACAUUAUUAUUAUUAAAAUAGUAGGAGCGAAA